UAUUGUGAAUAUCAAUUUGUCCUCUGAACACCAAAGCAUGGCUUUUAUAAGUAAAUUUUAAAUGUUUGUCUUUUUUCAGCUUUGACAGUGAAAUACAUUACAAAAAGAUUCAUCAUGGAGUAUGAUCCAUAUAUAGAGGAUAUUUAUACUAAACACGAAGAUGUUGAUGGACAAGAGUUCAUUGUAAACGUAAUGGACACGUAUGAAAAGGAUGAUUCAAACAGUCAGAGAUAUUUGAGAUGGGCGGACGCUUUUAUUGUUGUGUACAGUAUAACAGAUAGACCUAGUUUUGAGAUAGCUCGGCAGUACCUGCAGAAAGUCUCUGAACAUUUACGUAUCUCCAACAAAGAUUGCCCUAUUGCCCUCGUAGGCAAUAAAAGUGAUCUCGAGCGUUACAGACAAAUUAGUAAAGCUGAUGGUCAAACAUUAUCGUGUGAAUACGAUGGUAUAUUUUACGAGUGUUCGGCAGCUGAGGAGUAUGAAUAUGUAGAAGACAUUUUCUAUGGACUUGUACAUUCAAUACAACGGCAACGAGGAGAACGAAGUCUAACUUAUUCACCAUUGUUUAUAACGGAGGACAAAUAUCACUCUAUGCAAAGAAAUAGACCACGCUCGCCAAGAAGUAGUACGGAAAAGAAAGAAGACAAAGCACAGAAUAAGAAAAAUCCGACCAGCUUUAAACUGUUCAAUAAAAGUUUUAAGAUAUUCAAUUAACGAAAAGAGUGCAGUGCUAAAUCGCAAAACUGUGCUCAUAAAGUAAAGCGUAGAAAACCCUCUACAUUAAGGAAGUUUAAAAAUGAAAAAUUUAUAUUAUUCGAAUGGAGUUACAGAAGUUCCUAGAUGUGAUUGCUGAAUGAAUAAACCAGAAACAAAUUUAAACGAUAUCAAAUAAUAAUACCGCUCCGAUGUAGUUAUGUUAAACGUUUUCUCUGUAAAUGACUUUUACGAUUGUACUGUAAAGAAAAAUGAUACUUU